AUGGAAGCGGGGGAAGCGGGGGGAGAGGACGGCGUCUCACCGAGGUCAGCAAAGCGGAGCGGAGUGCCGCCGCCGGAGCCGGGCCCAAACCGCCGCAACCGACCCUCGCAGCGCCGGGCUCCCUUCCCCGGGGCCGUUAACGGCCCGUUACCGCCCGCACCCCCCGCUCCUCCUCCGCCGCGACCCCGCACCUGGCAGGCGGCGCGGGCCCCGCUCAGGCGGCGCGGGGCGGGGGGCGGCUCGGCAUGGCGCGGCCCCUCCGCCGCUCCGGUACCGGGCCGGGGCCGCUCCGAUCCGCUCCGGUACCGGGCCGGGGCCGCGGAGCCCAACCCGCGGCCGGAAGCGCCUCGCGCCGCCGGGCGGUCCCGGGACCGCCCCCGUCCCGUCCCGUCCUUCCCCCCCCCACCCCCCCAACCCCGUUCUCCUCCUCCUCCUCCCCCCCCCGCACGUCACGGCGGCCGCAGUGGCGUCACCGGGAGCGGCGCCGCCGUGGCGUCACCGGGGGCGGGCGCGCGCCCACCCCGCACCGGGAUCGUCCCCCCCCCGUUCCGCACCCCCCCCCCCCGCCGCGCUCUCUCCCGUUCGUGCCCCCCUCGCUCCUCGCAGCCCCAGCUCGACCCCCGGGACCGGCGGCGCACCCGGGACCCCGCGGGGCACCGGUGCUCUCCGGUUGGGCCGCGGGGACACCGGAACCUCCCCCCAGCUCCCCCCGGCCCCCGGGAUCCCCGGUGA